GGUUGCACGUUAAUCUGACAGCCGCAUAAUGCUUACUUUUUACUGUAAAUGUAUAUAAAGCAGUCAAAACAAUGUCGGAGGACGACUUUAAAGUACCGGAAGCGCUUUUCAAGGACGUGAAGUUCUAUGUCGUGGGAGACAUUGAUCAAAAGGUUGUACAACUCCUGAAAGCUGGGAAAGGAAAGGAAGUGUCUUACAAUGCCCUCGCCACCCACAUUAUAGCUGAAGAUGGAGACAAUCCAGAGGUUGGGGAGUCCAGAGAGGUCUUUGACUUGCCUGUUGUGAAGCCAAGUUGGGUGAAACUGUCUGUAAAAUGUGGAGACCUGCUACCUGUUACAGGAUUUUCCCCAGAGUCAGGACAAGUAUUCUUUGGUGUUACCGCUUGUCUGCCACACCUGUCAGAGGAUCUCAACACUCUUUGGGCCUUCAUUACAUUUUAUGGAGGUGACUGUCAGCUCCAUUUCAACAAGAAGUGCACCCAUCUGGUUGUGCCUGAACCAAAAGGGGCAAAGUAUGAGUGUGCUUUGCGGCAUAGCAAUAUUAAGAUAGUAACACCUGAAUGGAUUUUGGACUCUGUAAAAGACAAGAACCGGAAGGAUGAGUCUCUAUAUCAUCCACAACUUACAUUAUACGAGUCACCAGAAGAAGAGGGUAGCGAGUAUGAAAAUGAGAGGAGCUCACAUUCUGAUGGCAGCUACAGCGAUAGGCGCUCACCUCGCAGCAGACGAUCCAGCCGUUCAUUGUCUCGUGAUGGUUCCCCAGCAGGAAGGUGCUCACUCUCACCGAAACCUGAACGGAAAUCAGAGUUGAUGUUCGAUGACUCUGAUGACUCAUCCCCAGAAAAGGAGGACCGAAAUCUGAACUGGACCCCAGCUGAGGUGCCACAGCCUGGCCCGACCAAGCGUCGACUGCAGCCGGUCAAAGAAACUGGUCUAAUCAAUCUCUGUGCCAAUGUUCCCCCUGUACCUGGAGGCUUUGGGCCGUCAGAUGCUCGCAUGGGUGGCACAGGUGCAGGUGUCUCUCUAGGGGGGGAGAGAUCGGAGGUGAUGGGUGGAUGGAAUCCAGCUGCCAGGACGCUUAGGAACAUUACUAACAACACAGACACACAACAGGUCUCACGGCCCUCCAAUGUGGCACAUAUCCUCCAGAGUCUUUCAGCCACCUCUAAAUGUGUGGAGCACCUGGGAAAUCAAGGCCAGCCUGGUGUUCCCAACCAGAUUUUGUUUAAUCCAGUUAAGACCCAGCAGCAACUCCCACCUGAAGCACAGCAGCAGCUAUUGCAGCAGCAGCAGCAACAGUCACAUCAACAGUCGCAUCCGCUACCACAACAACAGCACCCACAACAGAUAGGACAACAGCAUCCUAUGGUGCAUCUUCAGCCGCAGGUCAUGCAGAUGCACCACCAACAGCAGCCGCAGCAGCAAUCACAACAGCAGACACAGCAAGGCUUCCCUCAAAUGCCUCCACAAUCUCAUCAGUUCCUACAGCAGCAGAUGCAUCAGCAGAUGUAUGCACAACAACAACAACAACAACAACAACAACAACAACAACAGCAUGCAUUUCCACAGCAACAAAUGCGACCACAGCAGCUCCAAAGGCCACCCUUGCAGCCACAGCAACAACAUGCAUUGCAGCAGCAGUUGCAACAUUUACAACAGCAGCAUAGGCUCCAAUUGCAAUUACAACAACAACAACAACAACAACAACAACAGCAGCAGCAACAGCAAAACCAGCAGCAGAUGCACCAGCAGCAUUUGCAGCAGCAACAGCAUUUCCUACAACAGCAGCUUCAACAGCAGCACAUGCAACAACUGCAACAGCAACAGCUGCACCAGCAGCAACAUCUGCAGAAUCAACAGCCACUGCAGCAUCAGAACCAGCAGGUUCCGCAACAGACCCAGACCACGUUGCAACCUCCACUGAUGCCUGCACAGCCACACCAACUGUUUGGGCAUGAGACAGGCCAAGAGAUUCCUGAGGAUGGAUUCCUUGUUGGCUGUGUCUUUGCCAUUGCUGACUAUCCAGAGCAGAUGGCUGAUAAACAGUUACUGGCAACAUGGAAAAGAAUCAUUCAAACAUAUGGAGGGACUGUGGACUCUACUCUCAGUCGCUGCACUCAUUUACUUUGUGAGAGUCAAGUCAGCAAUGCUUAUGUCCAGGCUCUGAGAGAGGGCAAGCGUUGCGUGACGGCUCAUUGGCUAAACACUGUUCUCAAGAAGAAAAGGAUGGUCCCACCUCAAAGGACACUUCAUCUUCCCUUUAACUUCCCACCAGGAGCCAAGCCCUGCUCACAGCAUAUUAUUUCUGUGACGGGAUUUGUGGACAGUGAUCGUGACGAUUUGAAGCUCAUGGCCUAUCUAGCAGGAGCCCGAUACACGGGAUAUCUGUGUCGAAGCAACACUGUGCUCAUUUGUAAAGAACCAAGUGGGCUGAAAUAUGAGAAAGCAAAGGAGUGGAAGAUCCCAUGUGUAAAUGCCCAAUGGCUGUGUGACAUCCUACUAGGUAACUUUGAAGCUCUGCGGCAAAUUCAGCACAGCAGAUACUCUCAGUUUAAUUUGCCUGAUCCACUUGCACCGAACCCACAUCUUGUGCACAAUCUUCUGAGUUCCUGGCGCAUUCCUGUUAAGAUCUCACUAGAGGCGUUGGCGAGCUUACAUCUGCAGCAGAAACAGAAAAAGAAUGAGGUUGGCCUGCAGCCGCCCAACAAGAAGCCCAAGCUAGAAGAGUUGCCAACACCUACCAAAAAGCUUCCGCCAGAGUCCACUCCUUAUGUGCUUUUCACAGGUUUUGAACCACUGCAGACUCAGCAGUAUAUAAAGAAAUUGUAUGAUCUUGGAGGGGAAGUGGCUGACAGAACUCAGAAGUGCACUCAUCUGGUGGCUAACAAAGUGACAAGAACAGUGAAGUUCCUCACUGCUAUUUCUGUAGUUAAGCACAUAGUCACCCCAGAGUGGCUGGAGGAAAGCUGGAAAAGCCAGAAAUUUGUGGAUGAGCAGAGCUACAUGCUGAGAGAUGCAGAAGCAGAGGUGCUAUUCUGUUUCAGUCUCGAGGAGUCACUGAAGAGAGCUCAUGCAGCUCAACUGUUCAAGGGGAAGUUUUUCUAUAUAACUCCAGGAAUCUGUCCAAGCCUUAGUACAAUGAAAAUUAUUGUGGAGAGUGCCGGAGGGAAAGUGCUUCCCAAGAAGCCCUCCUACCGCAAGAUUAUGGAGCACAAGCAAAACAAGAAUUUACCCGAGAUCAUUCUAAUAUCCUGCGAGAAUGACCUGCAUCUGUGUGGAGAUUACUUUCUGAAAAACAUUGAUGUGCACAAUGCUGAGCUCAUAUUGACGGGUGUGUUGACUCAGACCUUGGACUAUGAAUCAUAUCCUUUUAAAAUACAAUGUUUAAAAACACAAAUGAACACCCACUCUUAAAUAUAUUUUGGGUUUCAGUGCAAUAUAAUCUUAUGUAGUCAUCUAGAUUUCAUUGAUUGGUAUGCUGGGCAUUUAUUGUUCUCCUUAAUUAACCUCACAUAUAAAUUUACAUGAUGUCCUUCUAAGGACAUGAGUUUUGUAUGGUUCUGCUGGUGCCCUGUUCUGGAUCAACGCUAAAGGUUAAUUAUUAAUUUUUUGUGUACAGCCAAUACAGUAUGUUCAGUUUCAAUGUUUGUAUUUUAUUAACUGAUAAAUAAAUCAUUUGUUACCAGUUUUGUAAACCAUGUAAUAGUGAUUCUAAAUUAAUUACUUUUAUUUGUAAUGAUUGUUUAAAUGAAGGCAAAGCUAUGUUUUUACUGUGAUGAAUGUUGGACCCUUUUAUGAUUU